UGUUAGUACAGUGUAAAUGAACAAAAAAGAUGAACGGCAAUAACAAAACGAAAAAUAAUUAUUCUAUUAUUCUUAGCUAAUUUUCGCCUACUACACAGAAUAGAAUAUCCUUCAAGGAAAAGUAAAAAUUUCAGUGAUUAGAGCAUGGGGGUAUACUGUGAAAAAGUUAUGUGUUUGUGAGACAAGACCCCGCUGUGUAAAUGAGAAACGGCAAUAACAAAACGACAAAAACCUUAAACGUGCAAAAACAACGAAGGAGAGACUCAUUUGUAAAAAUUUGUGUAUAAAUAAUUCUUAGUUAUUAUUACUAUAAAAUAUAAAGAUUGGAGCGAUCAUUACACACACACACACCCAUUUUUUGUAAAACAGAGAGGCAAAUGCUUAUAACGGUAUUGCCGAUUUAAUCAAACAUCGAUAAAGCUCGCCAAAAAAUCAUUCAUAGACCUGAUCGUUCAAUUAUCGCCCCCAAAAACUGUGACUCCCAACUCUUUUUUGUGUUUGAGCAAAGUGCUACAGCUGUUUGCCAAAUCAAAGGCCAUACCUACAGAGAGCGAGAGAAAGAGUAUUGAAGCAAUAGUUAAAAACAAGAGGAGAACAAAAUUUUGCUCUAACAGAGUUGCCAACAUCAACUGAGUUAUCAAACUUGCAAAAACAAAAGUCCCAAACACCCCAAGGAUAUAAAGAGCAAAGCACGUGCUAACAGCAGAGGCAUAUCUUGAAUUUUGCAGUGGUGUUGUUUGUGGAGCAUGCACUUAAUUACACAUCAUAUUCUUGUCAUAAUCAACGUGGCAUUGUUCUCUUCCUCAUCCUUGACGCUGUCGACAGUCAUCUAAAAAAAAAAUAUAUAUAUAUAAAAAAGUCAAUUCAUUAAACAUUAAUUGUCGCUGUAACGCUUGUACUUGUCGUUUCGUCAUCAUCAUUAUUGUCGUCGACGUCGCCGUCAUUGUGUUCACACCUUGUCGUCUAUAUUGUGUAAUUUAUUUGUGUAUAAAAGGAAGAAAGUCAGUUUUAAUCAAAUAAUUUUUAAGUGUACAGUGCACAACAACAACCAUACUACAGCCAGAAAAAGCAACAACUUAAAGCUUAAACAGAAAAUCUCUAACAACAAAAUCAACAACGAUUAGAACAAAAAAAAACCCAUUAAAGUGAAAUUUACAGUCUCUCAUAAAAGUCGUAAUCGUGAAAGUGUUUUUUGUCCCGUUGUCUUCGCCAUCGGCAUCGUCCUUGUCGUGCAUGUUUCUUUAAAAUCGUCGCAAGCUUUUCUCGCGUCGUCGCGGCGGUAUUGUAAAAAAACGUAAACAUUUUCCCCCAAAAACCACCCUUGGCGCCCACGGACAACAACAACUUUCAGCACUGAUAAGCUUAGAAAAGGAGAAGAAUAAACUCCUCAAGUGUUUUUUGUGUACAUUUUGUGUAAAGUCGAAACUUAAGAGUAAUUUGUGAACUUUCCAUACUCGGCUUGCUAUCCGAGUGUGUGUGUACAAAGUAUACAGAUCGUAUCGGUCGAAGCUAAUUUUGUAUUAUAGCAACAAACAUAACAUUAAACCAAAAACAACAACAACCACAAAGGCUGACUAUAACUACCACUGUAAUUGUAACAGCAAACUUAACCAACAACAAUAUCUUACUAAAUCCCAUUUUGGCCAUUUAGCUAGCUCGAUUGUUGUGCGCGUUCGACUUUAGCCUUUUGUUUAGAAAAAGGACACCUUUAUACAUUUUUCCACUCCCCCACGGUAAAAGAGAACGGCCUCAAAAUAGAGCUGCUAUCGACCCCGUCUAUUUCCUUUGCCCCCAUUGAGCCUACGGUGUCAUCAUCAGCUCACUAUAAUACACCGCCAUCCUAUUAUCACCAGCCCACGUCGGCAACAUCGGCAACGGCAUCCUCAUCGGCAACGUCAGCAGCUGCAGCUGCUGCAGCAGCUGUGGGUUCAGUGGCAGGUGGUGCUGCCAACUAUACAACAACAGCAGCACCUACAACGGCAGCGGCGGCGGCAGCAGCAGCGGCUAACAACAACGGCAACCUGCAGCACCAACAGAGACAUUCAUUUCAAAAUUUCCUUUUGACUUCUUCAUCAAAUUUGACAACUUCAUCGUCGCCGUUGUCGAAUAAUUUGACGCAGACACAACAGCAUCCGCCAAAUUUUAUACAGCAGCAUCAACAGCAGCAACAGCAACAACAACAACAGCAGCAGCAGCAAGAGCAACAGUUGCAUUAUCAACAACAGCAACAGCAGUAUCAUCAACAACAACAGCAACAACAACAACACCAUCAACAGCAGCAGCAACAACAACAGCAAUUAACACACAUGAAGUUGUUGGGUGGUAACGAUGAUAGAGGCAUGCGCGGCAUUGAUCAAUCGCUACCGCGAAACAAUGACGAUGUAGCCGCUGCCGCCGCUGUAGGCUAUGUAUUUCCUCGCCCCUCACCAGGGGGUAUGGCGCCCGGUAUGGGUUCAGCUACGGGCAAUGUUCAUGAUGCUGCCGCGGCCGAAUAUGCAGCUCAAUUUGCCCAGAAACAAGCACGCUGGGCCUGCGGAGAUGAUCAUAACAUUGAUAAUCCCGACAAAUGGAAAUACAAUCCUCCAAUGAAUCCAGCCAAUGCAGCGCCCGGUGCACCACCCGGUGGUGGUCCCGGUACAAUCGGUCCCAUUGGCAUGGGUGCCGGCAUAGGCAGUAUGGGCACAAAUGGUGGUCUACAUCCCUCAAUGGGCGGUCCCAAUCAAAUGGGUAACUCAGCUGCAGCCGCUGCAGCAGCUGGUAUGGCUGCUAUGCAACAGGCUGCUGCUGUAGCCAAGCAUAAUCAAAUGAUGUCACAAGUGGCUGCUGCCGCUGCCCAGCAUCAUCAGCAGCAACAGCAUCAGCAGCAACAACAGCAACAACAACAACCUCCACAUCCAGCUCAUCAGCAGCCACCACAUCCUCAGCACCAACAACAUGGUCCACCACAUCCAUCGCAAAUGCAAUCACAUCAAUUCAAUUCGAAUCUUUUGAAUCAUGCCAUGAAUAAUCCUGCGGCAGCAGCUGCUGCUGCAGCAGCCAUAGCUGCCGGUAUGCCUCACAUGCAAUUGCCACCAAAUAUGCAGGCAGCUGCCACCGGCAAUAUGUACGAUCAUCCCGGUGUACAUCCUGGAGUGGGUAUGAAUGGUGUGGGUGUACCCAAACCACCGCCACCAGGUCAACCGGGUCCCGGAGAAUUGGUCUAUUUGGGUGGGCAACCACAUGCAGCCGCCGCUGCAAUGGGCAUGAUGCCUCAAAAUCAAUAUAUGAAUAAUCAAGCUGCCGCAGCAGCUGCCGCCUCAAGAAAUGCAGCAGCGAUCACUACAUCCACUGCCAAAAAAUUAUGGGAAAAAUCAGAUGGCAAGGGUGCCUCAUCGGCUGGUGUUACCGGUGGCCCCCUUAAUCCCUUACACAUUGGUGAUCCACAUGUUUGGAAAGAUUCGCCAUGGUCAACACAGACUGAAACCAUAUUGCCGAGGCCACGUACAUUUCCACAAGCGCCCGAUACGACAGCGAGUGGAAAUGCUGGUAUAUUGAGUCCUCGUGAUUCCACAAGUGGUUUGGGUGUUAAAAUGGUCGAAUAUGUUUUGGGUGGAUCACCAACGAAUAAAGAGAGUCCUUUGUCUGGCCUCGAACCACGUUUGAGGGGACUGAAAUUCGACGAUAAUGAUAAGACUCACGACGAUAAAGAAAAAGCCAAUUCACCAUUUGACACAAACGGUUUGAAAAAGGAUGACCAAGUGACAACAACAAAUGGUGUUGUCAAUGGCAUUGAUGAUGACAAAGGAUUCAACCGCACCCCAGGCUCCCGCCAACCAUCACCAGCCGAAGAGACUCUCCCACGUCAACCAACACUGCUUGAUCCCUCUCAGCAUCCGGCCUUCCCUCCACAUGCCUUCAAUCAUAUGUUGGGAGCUGCCGGCAUGGAUCAUCCUGGCAAUUCAUCGGCAGGCAAUACUGGCGCCGGUGGUCCCGGUUCUCAGGGACAACAAAUGAAUUCUUCAUUUCCGCAUCAUCAGAUGCCACAAAUGAAUCAGCUACAACCUCCGGUCAUGAAUGGUGUGGGUGGUAUGCAAAUGGCACAGAGUCCCAUGAUGAAUCAUCAAGGUCAAGGCCCAAAUCAAAUGGAAUCUCCUGGUAAUUUAUUGCAGCAACAGCCUCCAAAUUUUGAUGUACAGGUAAGUGGCGUUAACGAUGUGCUGACAAAUGCCCUGAAUCAGAACAAUCAACUAUUCCGCUCACAGAAUCCCGGUCUAGCUGCUGCUACAAAUGCCGCUGCUGCUGCAGCAGCUGCCGCGGCGGCCACAUCGGCUGCCCAACAGCCAGGCGCACCAAAUGGCACAAUGCAGCCACAACAAAUGCAAAUGGCCGCAGCCUCACAACAAUUCUUGGCCCAACAGAAUGCUGCCUAUGCGGCUCAGCAAGCGGCACCGUAUGUCAUUAAUCCCGGACAAGAUGCAGCACCCUAUAUGGGAUUGAUAGCGGCACAAAUGCCCCAGUAUUAUGGUGUGGCACCAUGGGGCAUGUAUCCGGGAAAUCUGAUACCACAACAGGGCACACAGCCAAGAAGGCCGCUGACGCCGUCACAACAGGGAGCUGAAAAUCAAUCUUACCAGGUUAUACCGGCAUUUUUCGACCAAAGCGGUUCGCUUGUCAUGGGACCACGUACUGGAACACCAAUGCGCCUUGUAAGCCCUGCCCCGGUUUUAGUGCCUCCGGGCGCUGCACGAGCUGGGCCACCGCCUCAAGGUCCACCCCAACUGUAUCCACCCCAACCACAAACAGCACAACAGAAUUUAUAUUCACAACAGAAUGGUUCAAGUGUCGGAGGUCUUGCUCUGAACACCUCAUCGUUGACCGGUCGCCGGGAUUCCUUUGAUCGUACCACUUCUGCCUUCAGUCCCUCUGCCAUGGAUUAUACCAACAGCAAUGCGGCCGCUGCCAAUGCUGUCUCCUCAACAGUGGCCCAGGCUGCAGCAGCAGCUGCUGCCGCCGCCGCAGCUCGUGGAAAAUGGCCGGGUGCCGUUACCAAUACCUAUGGUGCUUUGGGUGCCACAGCUUCAGCUAGCCCCAUUGGAGCGGCCAUAACACCACCUCCGCCACCACAAUCGUGCCUAAUGAAUAGUCGUGCUCCUGGAGCUGAAUCUAAAUAUCGUCAACAAAUGGCUGUGGGUUUACCGCCAGCUGCUGCUGCAGCUCAAGCUGCCGCUGUGGCUGCUGCUGCCAAUAAUAUGUUUGGCUCGAAUAGUUCCCUGUUCUCUAAACACUUGGCCAUACAGGGUACCACACCAGCUGCUGCGGCUGCUGCUGCCGCCGCUGCUGCAGCUGCAGCUGCCACACGUCAGGCUGCUGCUGGUGUAGGUGGAGUGGGUGCUGCAGCAGCUGCUGCCGCGGCCGCUGCUGCGGCUGCUGGUGCUGCUGCUGGAGCUCCACAACCAGGACGUUCUCGCCUAUUGGAGGACUUCCGCAAUCAGCGUUAUCCCAAUCUACAAUUGCGUGACUUGGCCAAUCAUAUUGUGGAAUUUUCACAGGACCAACAUGGCUCACGUUUCAUACAACAAAAGUUGGAAAGGGCCACUGCGGCAGAGAAACAAAUGGUUUUCAGUGAAAUUCUGGGAGCCGCCUACAGUCUCAUGACCGAUGUCUUUGGCAAUUAUGUCAUUCAGAAAUUCUUUGAAUUCGGCACCCCAGAACAAAAGAACACCCUGGGCAUGCAGGUGAAAGGUCAUGUCUUGCAGUUGGCCUUACAAAUGUACGGAUGUCGAGUCAUUCAGAAGGCCUUGGAAAGCAUUUCGGCCGAACAGCAACAGGAAAUUGUACGCGAAUUGGAUGGCAAUGUUUUGAAAUGCGUUAAAGAUCAGAAUGGUAAUCACGUGGUGCAGAAAUGCAUUGAAUGCGUCGAUCCCACAGCGCUACAGUUCAUCAUAAAUGCCUUCAAGAGCCAAGUGUAUUCGCUGAGCACCCAUCCGUAUGGAUGUCGAGUGAUACAACGAAUACUGGAACAUUGCACCGCAGAGCAGACGCAACCGAUAUUGGAUGAAUUGCAUGAGCACACGGAGCAAUUGAUACAGGACCAGUAUGGCAAUUAUGUUAUACAACAUGUUUUGGAACAUGGCAAACCCGAGGAUAAAUCAAUUUUGAUUAAUAGCGUAAGGGGCAAAGUUUUGGUCUUGUCACAGCACAAAUUCGCUUCCAAUGUGGUGGAGAAAUGUGUCACACAUGCUACACGGGCCGAACGUACAGCUUUGAUUGAUGAAGUCUGCACAUUCAAUGACAACGCCUUACACGUCAUGAUGAAAGAUCAAUAUGCCAACUAUGUGGUCCAGAAAAUGAUCGAUGUCUCUGAGCCAACACAACUCAAGAAACUCAUGAACAAGAUACGACCACACAUGGCCGCAUUGCGUAAAUACACCUAUGGCAAGCAUAUCAAUGCCAAAUUAGAGAAAUAUUUCAUGAAAACAUCAAAUCCCAUUACCUCAACAUCGGCAGCCAGCACCGUCACAGGUGGUGUGGGAGGAUCAACAUCAGCCGUAACAUCCGCGGGAAUGUCAGUCACCGGUUUGCCCGUAUCCGCAGCCACCGGCAUGAGUGUAACAACAACGGCGGCCAUUAGCGCCUCAUCAUUAGCCCCCAGCCCCUUGACCAAUACCACAUCCGUAGUCACCGCCAAUAACUCGAAUAAUAAUGCAGCAGCUGCCGCCGCCGUACAGGCCUUGGAAAAUGGCAUUAUGGUCAAUGCCUCAUCAAUGGCCCAAUCCAUGGUGGGUGUAAAUUCCUCAGUCUCGACCAGCAGUAACAGCCAGAGCAGCACACUGACCUCAUCGGUAACAGUGGCCAGUAAUUUGGGACCCAUUGGUCCACCCACCACAAAUGGGGUUUUGUAAGCAGCAGGAGAAACGCAGUAGAAGACGAGGGAUAUCACUAAAUAUGCUCUGUGAGAUAUAAAGCGCGAGAGAGCCAGCAAGUAGAAAUAUCUUGCUGGCCAAUUUUAUUAGAAUAGUAGUAAGAGAAACAAGAAAACUCAAUGGCUAACCGAACUACAAACAAGCUACAGAUUUUGAAUUCUGAAUUCUAAAGCAAACAUAGAAACUCUUUCAAGAAAUGGAAAUUGAAAAAGGAGAAGAAUCUAAUGAGUUAACCCCCUGUAGAGAAAUCAAGAAACAUUUAUCACACAAUUUUAUAAAAACAAAAAAUAGAGCAUUCGCUUUGUGACAUGGGAGUAAAUAUAGCUGUAUAGCUUUCCCCAUAACACUAACCACACACUGGCCCUACUACCAGCCUCCAAAACGUAGAGACUCCUGGGGGUUCUAAGAAUUUUAUAUAUUUUUGCAAGACUACAAAAAAGAGAAUAAAAAUCUAAAAAAAAUUGACUUUUUGCAAAAAAAAAUUAAUAAGAAAACAAAACAAAAAAUUGUAUAAAGUUAAGCCAAGAGAAAAAAAAAUGUAGAAAAAAAUGGAUUUUUUAUGAAAAACCACACAAGAAGAAGAAAAUUGUCUAAAAACACACACACACACAUACACACAACUAAGCAACCAACCAAGAAACAUAAUUUUUUAAAGAAAAGAAUGAUACAUUGAGAGAACACACACAAAUGUUUAAGUUAGUUUGUAAUUUGUAAUUUUUUGUCCCUCUACCCUAGAGAUAGAAAUCCCCCACUUUACUCUACUACCUACCUACUUAGAUCUAAUCCUUGUACUACUUAGAACUAUGAUUACUACUACAACAACAACUACAAAUAUGUAUUUUUUUUGAAAUUAGGACAAAAAUUGAGAAAAGCAUGAGCAAGUUUUGUAUUAUUAUUUUUCCGAAAUUUUUUGCUAUAUCUUUUUUUUAAAUAUUGAAAAGAGAUUUCGAGAUGGUGAUUUUGGGCUUACAACCUAAAGGGGACAUAGAAUCUAUGAGAGAGAAAGAGAGAGAGGGAAAGAAAUAUCGUUUUUGGGGCUUGUGUUUGUAAAAUUCUAAUGUAUAUUUAAAACAAAUUGUAUGCUUAAUUUAACUUUUCGUUUUAUAUAUGUACUAUAAUCUCUAAAAUGAACAAUUU